AUGAAACGAAUAGAUAAGAGGUCCCUUAAGGAUAAUAUUCAGGAAGAACACUUACCAUUAAGCAGAUGUAACCAUAAUUUUUUCAAUAAUUUAAACCACGUAGACACACACACGAAUAGUGAAUCCAGAAGAUCUAGUUUUGAAGAAUGUGUGUUUACACCACAAUUUCACAAUAGGAAUAAUAAAAAUACGAUUAAUAUAAAAAUAAAAAAAAAUAUAAACACAAAUUCACAAUAUUCUGAAAAAAAAAAAAAAAAAAAUGAAAAUAAAUCCUUCAUUAAAUCUAUGGUUGAUAAGAUAGAUGAAAUGUGUAAAAAGGGAUUAUAUGAUGAGAAAAAUAAUUCACAAAAGUUACCAUUUAAAUCGAGACCAACAUUCAUUUUAAAUGAAUAUUUAAAUGUAGAACCUACAAAUACUGUAAUGUAUAGACGUAGAACACCAAACGAGACAUUGCGGAGAAGUGAUUUCAAUGGAAUAAAUUUAAAGCCAUUUAUUAGACUUAAGAGUCAUCACAACUGUGGAAGAAGCAAAGAUAAAAACAGUAACAAGAGCAACAACAUAUGUAAUAAUUGCAUUAGUGAGGAGAGGAGGAAAAAGGCUACUAUAAAAAUUACUAGUAAAAGCCCAUUUCAAACAUUUAACUCCAAUUUCAUGAGUAGAAAUCAGUCUCCUUCUAUACACCCUAAUCCUGUAAAUUAUUCUUCCCUAAGAAAUAAUAUAAUAAAUAAAGACCUUACUUUUCGAAAUGACGAAAAGGGAAAAAAGAAAGUGAUCCCACCAGUACGUACGCAUAAAUUGAAGAAGUUAAGUGAUGGGCUAACUUGCAAUGCUAGUAUGAUUUUUACACCUUUCAUGAAUUCUAUCGCUGAUAAAAGAUAUGCAAAUGAUUAUCCAUUGUGUAAAUGGGGAGAAACAAAUGAAGUGAAUAGAAAUGGAACUCGUCACUUAAGUAGGACUGAUCUAGAAGAAAAUUUCUAUAACGAUACAAAAGAAGGAGAAAAAACAAGAACAAUGAAAGAGAAGAAAAGCCAGUUGAAGGUAGAAAAAAUGAACAAAAUAAUUCACCACAGAAACGAUUUUUUUAACAACUCAUAUAACCAUUUAAUAAUUGCUAACGAGAAAAAUUUAAAGGAAAAAAAGAAAACAAAAAACAAAUUCCGAGUUAGGAUGUCUGUACCUUUGAACAGAAACAGUGGUAGAUAUUGUGAGGAGAAAGGUAAUAGAACCAAUAUGGAUAGAAAUAGUAAUGCAACCACCAAUACUUCCAAAUUUUUAUUCACUUCAAAAACAGAUAGAGGAAUGAACUUAAACUUAAAGAAGGGAUUAAGUAAAGAUAUCAAAUUUCGCUAUGUUCAUAACAAUAAUGAGGAAAAGAAAAGCGCUAAAAAGCGUUACCACUCCUCGAUCAUAUGUGAUAUGGAUAAUCAUAAUAAUAAUGAGAGUAGUAGUAAUUCUUCAUCUGAUGAAAUUCCCAAUGGAAUUUGUAGUGUCGAUAAUAAAUGUGAUAAAGGCGACUUAAAAACACAUUGUAAUCACGGAAGGAGCAAGUGCAGCAGCAAGGGAAGUAACAUUUCUGAGCAUGAAACAAAUAUAGGGAAAAAACUGGAGAUCUCCAAAGGUAUAAAGAAACGGGAGAAUGUAGAUAUGUGGGAUAAAGUACCAGGAAGAUCCUACAGCGAAUAUGAAAAAAGAUGUCUUAACAAGAAAAAUGAGAAAAGAAUGAGGAAGAAAUUUUCUCAUUACAAGACUCAGACAGAACAUAAUAUUUACAUUCCAGAUAAUCAUUCAGAAAAUAGACAUCAUUCUACUUCAUGUUUUCAAAUAAGGGAUAAUAAAAAUAUGGAAUCAGAUGAAUUUGCCGAGUCCAUGAAUUCAAACAAAUCAAGAGAAUUUAGUAAAAUCAGAAAUUGUCACAGUCAACAUAGUAUAGAAACAAAGAAAAAUGUAGUGAAUAAACUGGGUGUGGAAAAGGAAAAAUCAAAUAACGAAAGAAAUUUUUGUUCAUUAACACGAUAUAAUUAUAAGCUGGACCAGGAUACAUAUAACAAGAAAAAAUUCCCAAAUUACAAAAUAUUAAAAGGUAGGAACCAAACAUGUGAUAGUGUAAACUACAAAUUAAGCAAUAGUACGGGUAGAAAGAAUAAAAAUCAUACAGACUUGAAUCACGAAAAUUCUCCUUCCUAUUACAAUUCGCUUAAUGGAAAAGACAAAUACAAAAAUUUAAAAACGAUUACUAUACGAUCAGAUAGUGCAGAUAAACUCAAUAAAGAAGAUUUAAAAAGGACAGAAGAAGACACAACAAGAACUAUCAUGCAGAAUAAUGAAAAAUAUAGCUUUCAUCACGACAACAAGAGUAAUUACAAUUUAUUAGACGAACCAAAUUCUCAUGAAGAUUAUGGAAAUAAGUACAAAUUGGUGCAUUAUUACAACCAGAAUGAAAAAAAGAACAAUAACGAUCAAAACAGUACCCGUGAAGACAAGGCGUAUGAAAAUUACACCAAUAAAAUCGAGGGAGAUAUACACAGUUUCGCAAAAGUCAAACAUUUGGUUGAUGAAAAUAAAGUAUUAGAAAUAGAAGAUAAAAGGGGGAGAACCACAAUGAGUAUUCCUAUAUUAUCACACGGCAAAAAACAUAGCAAAAAGGAGGAAUUUCCGUCUGAUCUGAUAGGAAAAAAAGGCAUGUCUAUUUGCUCAUACCAUGGAGGUUUAAGAUGCACAGAUAUUAUUUCAAGCGCGAUUGAGAAUAAUGGUAAUGACAGUUAUUACGACAAUGAGAAAAUCAGUUGUUCAGAAGGAAAAAAAAAAAAAAAAAAAUCUAAUUUCUAUUCAAAGCACAUUGCAAGCUCCAUAGGAAAAGAACGAAAAGAGGCCAAUCAAACAAUUCCAAAAGAAUUUACUUACAAUUCUAAAACGUUUUACAGAAUGAAUGAAUGCAAAUCGCCUAAUGGUCAUUGUUCUAAUUGUUUUCAUAAUAUUGUUAGAGGCAAGAAAAACGAAAAUUGUGAUUAUCCAAUUCCAAAUCAGGAUCAAAUGGAAUACACAAAUACAAGAGAUGCAUUCUAUGGAGGGAGAAAAAAGCAGCAAAGCAGAAGUAUAUAUAGGAAUUACAAAAACGGAUCUUAUUGUGGUUCUCAUGAACAAGUGAAUAGAGGUGGCAUGAGACAUUCAUUUAGUACAAAAAAAACAUCCCAUGUAACAUGCUCAGAAAACUGCAUAAGAAACGGUCAAGAAUUAUUAUCCCAUGCAUCGUUAGAAGGGGAAAUUUCAUACAUAAAACAAAAUGAAGAAAAAAAGGAAUUACAUCAGAAUAUUGAGGAUCAAUUAGUAAAGGAUAAGAAUUACACAUUGAUGUUGCCACUAACAAAAAAGCAUAUGUUGUUAAAUGGAAAUGUUCUUGGAGAAGAAAUCGAGUAUUAUAAAGAGAACUCACAAACACAUCGUGGAAAAAGCAAAUCUAAGGGAAACAGAACCUCUGUUGCGGAUAUCACAGAUGAGCUCUCUUUUGGUCAUCAACUAAUGGCAAGAAACACGAAAGAGACGAAUAUGCAAAGAAGAGCAGAAGAGGCAAUUUCAACUAACUAUGACGAUGAAUACCAAACACAUUCGAGAGUUAGCAGAAAAAUGUGCGAUAAAUAUAGUCGACAACCAAAAGAAGAUCGUCAGGAUGAGGUAGAGAGACAUAAAAAAAAUAAGAAAUCAAGUAGACAAUAUUCAGAGCAGAAUACCCAUUCACAACACCAUCUCAAAUCCGAGUGGACUCCUGUUCAAUCACCACAAUUAUUUUGUAAGGAAAUUUGUGAUAAAAAAAAUAAUAAAAUGAGGACAGUAUUACUUUCUGAUAGUUCUGAACAAAAGGUGAAUUCACUGUUAAGGAAAAGACAGGAAGUAUUAAAAGAUGCACACUCGAGAAAACAAAUUACUAAUUCGAUUGAAAUUUUUCACAAAAAAAAUGCUUAUCUUGGAAUGGACAGAUGUGAUAUAAGUAGAAAUGGAACCCCAUGGAAAUGUGCAUCAUCAACUUCUUCUUCUAGUUUUUGUGAUUAUUCUGGAAUGAACAAUGUAGAAAGAAUUCUUUACAAUUCCGAGGGAUUGUCUAAUGAAGAACGAUAUAGAUGCAGAAAGGAUGGGGAAGGUGGAAAUUAUUCCAAUCGAAGGAAUCAUCAUGGAAUAAUACAGACUAUUACAGGAGGUAGCCUGACUCAUCAUAGUGGUAAUAAUACAUCGUGCUAUAAAAAAAUGAACCGCUCGAAUUUAUCUAGAAAACACGUUCGUGAGAGGACUCUCCCUGAAAAGCGUGUUAAUAGUAUUCCCCAUCUCAAUGGAAAUGAUACCAUGUCGAAAACUUCAAAAUCGUUGAGCAGAGAUGAACAUGGUCACAGCAGUUUUUUCCACAGCCGAGACAAUGUGGUAAGCAGCGAAAAUGGAGAAAACAACUCCAAUUGCAUAGAAAUUAAUAGAAUAUGUAGCAACAGAAACAAACUAAAAAUUAGAAAUACCCAAUCGAAAGAUCACAAUGGACACAAUGACUAUGGUUGUCGCACAUGUUCAUUGCAUCGAGGGAAGUAUGUGUGCGGUAUAAUGGACAAACCUAUGAAUGGCGAAAGAAGAGUAUACGAUGCAAGUAUGUAUCAGAUCGAUCAAAGAGGAUUACAUGAUAAGAAAAGAAACACAACAGAUGAGAAAUUAUGGAACCUUCCAACGUCAUCCAUUUAUUAUGCUCAAGAUGAAUAUAAAAAAAAAAAAAAUGUAAACCAAAGAAUGAACAAAUCAUCGAGGAGAGGAGGAAGCACAUACAACAAUCACAAUCCAUAUUUGGAACAUUCAUCCUUUGAUCAGUUCACCAAUUUGAAUAAUAUAAAUUGUCCUAUUAAUGGUGAAACGUACGCGAGGAAAAAUCAAGAUGACGAAAAACAUGAUGUAUUGAAAGUUACAAAUACAGAAAGGGACAAUCUAAGACAGAAUAAAAAUCGCACAAAAUCAUGCAUCUCAUCCACGGAAAAAGAACAUAAGAGUGGGGAAAUACUAAGAGAGAAUUGUGUGAAAAAGAAAACGUACGAUAAUUGUGUUGUUGAUUCAUUGUUGAAGGAAGAAAAUAUACCUAUUGGAAACUGUUUGUAUAAAUUAAAUGAAAAGUCGAGCAAUGAAAACAGCUUCAAACAUUUAAGAGAUGAUUCUUUGAGGAACACGAAUUGCAGUAAACAUAGAUAUGAUCACAAAAAGGAACUAAUUUCUGAUUUGGAAAACAAGUCUCAUAUUAGCUUCGAUGGCAUAGAUCGAAGCAUGUCUAUACGUAGAGGUACAUCUGCAUGUAGAAGUGACAAUUUUAGAGAGGAAUUUCACAAAUGUAAGUUCUCCAAUGAUGAUUAUGUUGAAGGGAAAUGCUAUCAAACGUGUAGAAGUAAAAAUAAGGAAUAUGACUCAGAUAACAAAAGCUAUUACGAAAGAGAGGUAGUAAAUCCACAUAAUAUAUUACAGAAAAUGGAAAAUAAAAAAAAACAUCAAAAUGAGGUUGCUAAUAAAUAUAACAAAGUCAGGGAAAGAAAGUGUAACAAUAAAUCAUAUCAUAGUCAGUUCUGUUCAGAAUACUCCCAAAGAAAUAAUCCUGUUUCUGGAAUAUAUAUAAUGAAGCGCUCAGAUGAACACAACAGUUGUAGUGAAAAUAGCUCAUGUGCAUUGUCAAGAUCGAAUAUUUCCCACAUAAAUGGAAAGAAAAAAAAAAAUACAAAAGAUAGUGAUAUAAAUUUAAACCUACACAACAGGGAGCAUAAAAAUGUGAAUAAGGAGUCGCGAAUUUGGCACAAUGAUCAAGUAGAAGGAGGGAAAAAAAAGUGUUACUACUCCAGUAGCAGAACUCGAAGGGACGAAGAGAAAAAAGAGAAUAAAGCACAUACGGACAUUUUGAAAACUAAUUGCAAAUGGUCUUGGAUAAAGGAGAAAAGUAGGAAUAAGAAACAUGAUCAUAUAAUAAGUACAGAAUGUGUAGAUAAUAAAUUAGCUGAGAAAAACUCAAAGGCAAAUAACACGUCCCAUAUACAUGACAAUUAUGCAAACUCAUGUGACAAUAUGUAUUCAGAUUGUGAAAGCUCAAAUUAUUCAAACAAGUCAGAAAAGAAAUGGAGUCACAAGAAAAUUUCCUCGAAAUGUGUAAGUAAAAAUAGUUUUAAUAAUGAACCUUCUUAUAUUCACAAAUGCAGUGAAGAAAUAGGGAUUAACCCCUCACGCCAUGGUAGCAAUCACGCGCGAAAUGGGGAUCUGUUAAGGAAUGUAAAUAAGAAGGAAAACUAUAAAAUGUUGAUAUGCAAUUCGAAAGAUGACAUAAGAAUUUGUCGCAGCAAUUCGAAAGAUGACAUAAAAAUUUGUCGUAGCAAUUCGAAAGAUGACAUAAAAAUUUGUCGCAGCAAUUUGAAAGAUGACAUAAAAAUUUGUUGUAGCAAUUCGAAAACGAGUAAUUUAUCAAAAGAUGACUCAAAUGGAAUGAUUCAAACAUGUUCUCCAUGUAAAAUGAUUGAAUAUCAGACAAAUGUGAAUAUCGGAAAAAAUGAUGAACCAUCUUAUGCUCAGACACAUUCCUCAUCCUUGAAUCAUCAGAUAAAUCCCACGACAGAUGAAAAUACAAAGGAAAAGGAAAACGAAUCGAAAAUAUCAGAAAGAGUAAAUAUGCAUCAUUUCGGUAUGCUAGAUAAGGAAAAUGCUAUGAAUAGACUAUUACACCAGGGAAAUUCCCAUCCAAAUUUUAUAAAUGGAAAUAUUCACAAAAAUGUUCUUCGAAAAACAGUUAGUGGGGUUGUGGGAAUUAAAAAUGCCAAUGAAUACAUGAAGAAGGAGUUCAAUUAUUAUCUAAAUUGUGAUAAUUCUAUAAAAAAUGGCAAUAAUUACGAGAAAGAAAAAGAAAAAAAAAAAACGGGAGAAUUGUCCAAAUUGUCGUUUGUGAAAGAUAAUUUCAAAAAUGGCUUAUCAAGCACAGAUAUGGAAAAGCAUAAAUGCAGCAGUGGUGAAGUAUCAGAUAACGUUUAUUCCGUAUUAAUUGGAGAGAAUAACACAAUUAAUGUUUUAAAUAAUAAUGAAAAGGAAGAAUCAUUUGAAAAAAAUAACAACUCUAUUGGUAAUAUUAUUCUUCCGAGUGGGAGUCAGAACACAAUUGGGAAUUUAGAUCUUCAUAGUGACAAUACAAGUAUAGAUGCUACUAAUAUCAUGAUAGGUAGUGAGCUUCAUAACCAUACGCCGUCAAAUGAUGAAAAGAGAGAUUUCAUAAGUUGCAAUGAAAAGGAAAAUGAAAUAAAAAUUAUUUACCCCAAGGAAGAAGCAAAAGGUUACAAUAGCAAGAAUUAUUAUAACAAUAUUAGUAUGAACCAAAGUCUAAAAGUUGCAAAUCCAUGUUCUACUACACAUCCGAAGUAUAAUGACAUGCUUUAUGGAAACACAAAUAAUUCCCUUUUCAUGAACAAGCAGUAUUCGUGCAUGUCUGAACCCGCUCUUAAUCACAUUAUACACGAACCUUAUAUAGGUAAAAACAGUUUAGCCAUUGAUCAAGGACUAAUGAACAAUUAUAAUUUAAAUGGAAUAUAUUACAGUGGUAAAGCAUUUAAUAAUCCAGAUUUGGGGAAUAUAAAUAUGCAUAGACAUUUAUAUAAUAGUGGAUUUGAAAACAGAUAUGGUGAAUCUGCUAAUGUAACGAGAAGUGACAUUAUCACAUCGAGCGUUGCGUCCAUGAACCAUUUGAACCCUCAACAGAGGCUCAAUCAGAAUUUUAGCAAAACAUUCCAAGUUCCGAUUGAAACUCGUGAUCUGACAAAUGGGAGAAAUUACAAUUUUGCUACUGUUGGUGCUAAUGCUCCAUUAAUUAAUAGUCAAAUUUGUGACGGAGGGAUUUUCUACGAUGCAAAUGGUAAAGCAUACGUAAUUGGCAGAACUGGGAAAUCCAAUUCAAGCGCACUGAGUGUUGUGGGUAGUUAUAUGUCAGCGAAUAAUGUGGGUGAUUCUGUUAUACCAAGUUAUCACCUCUCAAUGAAUAAUAAAAACAAAGAAAAUUUGAACAAUAACGAGUUGACCAGACAUACGAGUCAUGCUAAUUUGCACAUAAACCCUUCCAUGAAUGGGGAAGUUCCCUAUGUAAAUAAUGCUACAAAUCAGGUAUGUGGUGCUACAAAUCCGGUAUGUGGUGCUACAAAUCCGGUAUGUGGUGCUACAAAUCCCGUAAGUGGUGAUAAUCCUAUCACAAAAGAUAGCAGAGGUAUGAAUUUAAAGAAACCUAUGGUAAUACUAUGA